GAAUCUACUGCGUCCCUACUCUCCAAGAGAUUAUCCAAGUUUGCACCGGUUCCCCAACCGGCGCCCCGACCGGUCCAACCGGGCAGACGCCGGCUCCUACGACGCCCGGUUCAAGCACGCCCGGUGCUACGACUCCCGCCCCGACCACUCCAACCGGGCAGGCGCCGGUUCCUACGACGCCCACUCUGAACACGCCUGGUGCCACUCCGGCCUCGACGACGCAAUCCACGGGCCCCGUACCUACGGAUCGCGCGCCUGA